AUGACCAACUGCCACACUCCACCUCACCCUUCACAGUUCCCACCUUUCCAUGACCAACUGCCUCACUCCACCUCACUCUUCACACUUCCCACACUCCACCUCACCCUUCACACUUCCCACACUCCACCUCACCCUUCACACUUCCCACCUUUCCAUGACCAACUGCCUCACUCCACCUCACUCUUCACACUUCCCACACUCCACCUCACCCUUUACACUUCCCACCUUUCCAUGACCAACUGCCACACUCCACCUCACCCUUCACACUUCCCACACUCCACCUCACCCUUUACACUUCCCACACUCCACCUCACCCUUCACACUUCCCACACUCCACCUCACCCUUCACACUUCCCACACUCCACCUCACCCUUCACACUUCCCACACUCCACCUCACCCUUCACACUUCCCACACUCCACCUCACCCUUCACACUUCCCACCUUUCCAUGACCAACUGCCACACUCCACGAUUCCCAUUUCACCUAUGAUAGUCGGACCGUUACCAUAA